UGAGGGAGGGAGAAAAGGAGAAACACACCAGUGUGUCUUCAGUCUCCUCCAGCCAGAACCAUACAGAGCAGAGCAGCAGAACAGAAGACAAGCUUUGGAAAGCUGGAGGGAGAGAGAUAAAAGAGAUUAGGACUAGACACUGGACCAGUGAUAGACAAGGACUUAGCCGGACCAGGGGUAGACAAGGGCUGUGCUUGACCAGGGCUGGACUGUUGGAUAGACCUGGGCUGGGCACUGGACAUUAGAUAGAGCAGGACUGGGCUGGACCGUGGAGCCAGGCUGGAGGUAGGGCAGCAGGUAGACCAGGGCUGUAGACCAGGGCUGACCUGGGGCUGGGCUGGGGGAACCUGGUCUGACCUGGCCUAGUCUCGCCUGGCUCCACUAAGUCAUCUGUGGGCUGGGACAGUGAUCUGGGACAGUGACCUGGUGGAGGGGGGAGGAUUGCUUUGUGUGGGGGCUGGACUCUAGGCUAGCCGACUCCUAAACCUGUUCUAGACCUGGUCUAGGUCUCCGUCUGGACCACCGUUGCAUUGUGGGUAUGGGCUGUUCGGCCAGCGUGCUUCUGCUUCACGCCCUGCGCUCUGUGGGCAGGGCCAACUGCGGUCACAUGUGCUCCCGUCAGGACCGGCUGUCAUUGGAUGCCGCUCCGCCCGAAGACGGCUACGCCGCCGUUGACAUGCCCCUCACCAUCAUCGUCAUGCAGGAGAAACCUAAGCUGAUUGACCCUCUGGACUAUGAGGCUGUUCUGUCCGAGCUGGCUGAUGAGCUCAAGGAAGACUCCCUCAAAGACCUGCUCCUCUUCCCUGACAACGACUUCACGGUUGCCACGGUACCACAGGAGAGGCGGACUCUGCAUUCCACUGUCCCCGAGGGGGCGGAGCUUCAAGCUGAGUGUCUGCUGGUCAGACAGGCCUGCCAGUACUACAAUUCCCAUCUCCACCUGGUCCACUACAGGUAUGAGGACUACGCUGGAGACUACCGCCAGCUUCCCAGGAAGUUGUACAAGGCAGAGAAACUGCCCUCCCAUUCCUUUGAGAUUGACCAUGAAGACAUGGACAAGGAUGAGGACACAACCUCUCUGUCUUCCUCCAAGGGAGGGGGAGGGGGCAGCGGGGGAGGCAUCGGAGUGUUCCGCUCAGGAUGGCUCUACAAAGGGAACUUCAACAGCACUGUCAACAACAGCAUCACUGUCAGGUCAUUCAAGAGACGGUUCUUCCAGCUGACCCAGCUGACAGACAACUCUUACAUCAUGAACUUCUACAAAGAUGAGAAGAUCUCCAAGGAGCCCAAGGGAUGCAUCUUCCUGGACUCCUGCACUGGUGUGGUGCAGAACAACCGUCUGAGGAAGCAUGCGUUUGAGCUGAAGAUGAACGAGGUCACGUACUUUGUGCUGGCUGCUGAGUCAGAGCAGGACAUGGAGGACUGGAUCAGCACGCUGACCCGCAUCCUGCAGAUCAGCCCCCAUGACGGCCCCCCCACCCCUGCCCCCGCCCCCGCGCCUGACCGCAAGAGCCUGGAUCUGACAGACCACCGCCAGGAUGUAUUUGACAUGUCGCUAGGCGACGGUUCUCUCCAUGAGAAUGAGGAGACUUCAGAGAAUGGCAUCAAUCCUGAGCUGGCAAAGUACAUCUCAGAGACAGAGGAGGGCGUACGCAUGGCCAGGAGAGAGGACAGACUCAACCUGUUUUCUCUCGACCCCGACACUCCGGUGCUGAGGAGUCCGCGUGUGGACCCCCCCACAGGGGAGAGUGUGCGUGUGUUUGAGGAGAAGCUGGGCCGGAGACUGAUGAUCACUUGCAGGUCCCUCAACCUCACUCUGCAGGGCUGCCUCAACGAGACAGAGGCCGGGCCGGUCACGAAUAUUGAGCCAUUCUUCGUGACGGUGGCGUUGCUGGACGUGCGCGAGGGGAGGAAGGUGUCAGCCGACUUCCACGUGGACAUGAACCACGAAGCUGUGCGCCAGAUGCUGGUGGGGUCUGGGGCCCCGGGGGGGCCAGGGGGCCCCGGGGGGCAGGAGAAUGGCCUGGGCUCCCCUGCUGAGAAGAGACCUGGAGACUGUCACCUCAGUCAGGAGCUCGACUCCUGGCUCUGCUUCCCCAAACAGGCCAUCUUCUCAGUGACCAACCCCCACACUGACAUCGUCAUGGUAGCGAGGGUGGAGAAGGUGCUCAUGGGAAACAUCACCUGUGGUGCAGAGCCGUACAUCAAGAACACCGACUCAAGCAAGACGGUGCAGAAGAUGUUGAAGUCCAACAAGCAGUUCUGCAGUAAGCUUGGGAAGUACCACAUGCCCUUCGCCUGGUGCAUCAGGUCGGUGUUUAAGGACAACCAGGGAACAGUGGACCGGGAGUCGCGCUUCUCACCGCUUUUCAAACAGGAGAGCAACAAGAUCUCGACUGACGACCUCAUCAAGAUGGUGUCUGAGUAUCGAAGGGCUGAGAAAACCAGCAAGCUGCAGACCAUCCCAGGGACCCUGGACAUCACAGUGGACUGUGUACCCCUGGAACACCCCAACUGUGUGACGUCCUCCUACGUGCCGGUGAAGCCGUUUGAGGGUGUGGCCCUCCACCCCUCCACGGUGGAGGUGGAGGAGUUCCUCCAGGAGGGCAGCAGGUUCACCCACCCUCACCGGGUCUACCGCCACCACAUCUACGUCCACCCCCGCCACCUCAAGUAUGACAGCCAGAAGAGCUUCGCCAAGGCUCGGAACAUUGCUGUUUACGUGGAGUUCCUCAGCUCGGAUGACGAACAGGCCAAGCCUCUGAAGUGCAUCUACGGCAAGCCGGGAGGGUCAGCCUUCACCACCUCCGCCUGCUCCACAGUCCUGCAUCACUCUCAGAACCCCGACUUCUACGAUGAGGUGAAGGUGGAGCUCCCCACCCAGCUCCAUGAGAAGCACCACCUGCUCUUCUCCUUCUAUCAUGUGACCUGUGACAUCAACGCCAAGACCAACGCCAAGAGAAAAGAAGCUCUAGAGACCUCAGUGGGCUAUUCCUGGCUGCCUCUGCUCCGAGAUGGCCGCCUCUCCUCUCAGGAGUUCAGCAUCCCUGUCUCCUGUAACCUGCCAGCUGGGUACCUGGCCCUCAAGGAGCCUGGCAGCACCAAGAAUGGAUCGGAGGUGAAGUGGGUGGACGGGGGGAAGCCCAUCUUCAAAGUGGCCACCAACGUUCUGUCCACUGUCUAUACUCAGGAUGCCCAUCUGAACCGCUUUUUCCAGCAGUGUCAGAAGAGAGAGCAGGACCUCUCUCAGCCUCCUACCUCCAACUUCCUCAACUGUCUCAAGGGCCUGCUCAGUAUGGAGAAGAUCCCAGCCAUCAUUCGCUUCCUGCCUGUCCUGUUCAACCAGCUGUUCAAGGUUCUCACUCAGAACGACAACGACGACGUCACUGCUGCCACCACCAGGGUGCUGGUCCACAUUGUAGCCAAGUGCCAUGAAGAGAACUUGGACCACUACCUGCACUCCUACAUCAAGUUUGUGUUCCGGACUGAGUCACAUGGUUUCAGGACAGUACAUGAGGAGCUGGCCAAGGGCAUGACCUCUGACCUGAAGAGCAACGAGCAGCCAGCUGUCAGGAACAUACUCCGGUUCUCCUGGUUCUUCCUGGAGCUGAUGGUGAAGUCCAUGGCCCAGCACCUGGUGGAUGCCGACAAACUCAAGCUGCCGCGACCCCAGCGGUUCCCCUCAACCUACCUGAACCGUGUGGAGACCCUGGUGAUGACGGUGUCGGACCACGUGUUCUGGAAGAACAAGGACCUGGCUGAGGAGACUCGCAGUGCCAACCUGGCUGUGGCAGCCUUCGUCAAGCGUUGUUUUACCCUGAUGGACAGGGGCUUCACCUUCAAACUGAUCAGCAACUACAUCAACAUGAUCACUGCCACCGACAGCAAGGUGCUGUGUGAGCUGAAGUUUGAGUUCCUGAGGGAUGUGUGUAACCACGAGCAUUACAUCCCACUCAGUCUGCCCCUGCCCUCCGCCCGCAUCACAGACAGCUCAUCACCUGAAAUACAAACAUCCCAUGUGUCUGUCCCAGAGUACAGCCUGACAGGGGAGUUCUGCAGGAAGCACUUCCUGACGGGCCUGUUGCUACGGGAACUGGGCCUGGCGUUGCAGGACGAGCAGGACCUGCGUCACCUGGCACUCGCCACGCUGAAGACCCUGAUGGCCAAGCACUCGCUGGAUGCCCGCUACGCCACCAAGGAGAAGCAGGCCAGGAUCGCCUCCCUCUACCUCCCCCUGUACGGUCUGAUCCUGGACAACAUGCCUCGCUUCUUCCUCAGGGACCUGUUCCCUGUUUACUUCCCCUCCAGCGACCAGGGGUCCCGAGAUGAUGUCAGUGUUGCAGGGGGCGUGGUCCCUGUCAUUCGCCAUGGUAACUCAGUAGAUGCCUCCUUCUCAAAGGAAGUUCUCAAUUCCAUCACAGCCUUCUCCUCUCUGGCUGUUGCCACGGGCAACCAGGCGGACUCGCGAGGCUCGCUUAUCAGCAUGGAUUCCAACCCCAGCACCUGUGACAGGACCAGCGAGAAGAUGGAUGGAUGUGAAAAGUUUGCCCGCCCGCAGUCUCUGAUUGGUUUUGGCUCUCGCUGUGACAAGCUGGACCAAUCAGAGACACGCAGUCUGCUCAUGUGUUUCCUCCACAUCAUGAAGACCAUCUCAGAAGAAGUGCUGGUGUCCUACUGGCACAGAGCAGUCCAUCAAGAGAUCUCUGACUUCUUCAACAUCCUGGAGUUGUGUCUACAGCACUUCAGGUUCCUGGGGAAGCGUCAUAUUGCCAGGAAGCUAGCGGCGGCAGUAAAGCUGGCCCAGGCCACCCAGACCAAUGGCACGCUGAAGGGUGCUAACCACGCCCCCUCCUCUGGCCUCCUCCCGCAAUGGAUGACAUCAUCAGCGCAGGACGGCCAUCGCCAGGCCCGCUCCCAGACUAUGCCGAUCAUCAGAGCCAAGAACGCCCUCACCAACCCGAAGCUGCUGCACAUGAUGGAGACGGACGGGCCCAUCCCUGAGGGAGACUGUCUGAGCCCCACUGACAUCGAGGCCAACCUGUCUACCGAGGUGUCCCUCACUGUGCUGGACACCCUGGGGCUGUUCAUACAACACCACAAGAAGCAGCUGUUGCAGGACGAGGGUCAGAACGCUCUGAUAAAGAAGGUUCUGGACACCUACCUCCUCUUCUUCCACAUCAACCAGUCCACCGCCACCCUGCAGCAUGUCUUCGCCGCGCUGCGCCUCUUCAUACAGAAGUUCCCCUCUGCGUUCUUCCAGGGCAAGGCGGACCUGUGUGGCUGUCUGUGUUACGAGAUCCUCAGGUGCUGUAACCAUCGCUCCAGCUCCACCCAGACCGAGGCCUCCGCCCUCCUCUACUUCUUCAUGAGGAACAACUUUGAGUUCACCAAGGGCAAAUCCAUCGUCCGCUCACAUCUGCAGGUCAUCAAGGCAGUCAGUCAGCUGAUAGCUGAUGCUGGAAUAGGAGGAUCCAGGUUCCAACAGUCUCUGGCCAUCAUCAACAACUUCGCCAACGGAGAUGCUCCACUCAAGAACACAGCGUUCCCAGCGGAGGUGAAGGAUCUGACCAAGCGGAUCCGGACGGUCCUGAUGGCCACGGCCCAGAUGAAGGAGCACGAGAAGGACCCGGAGAUGCUGGUGGACCUGCAGUACAGCCUGGCCAACUCCUACGCCAGCACGCCCGAGCUCAGACGCACCUGGCUGGAGAGCAUGGCCAAGAUCCACGUACGCAACGGAGACCUGUCUGAGGCGGCUAUGUGCUACAUCCACAUCUCUGCCCUGAUCGCCGAGUCUCUGAAGAGGAGAGGCUACUGGAGAGCAGACAAGGCCCGGAUGGUGCAGCUGUCCCCAGAAGAGAGUCCUGUCUAUAACUGUAGCUCCCUACUAACCCCCCGUGACCACGACACUUCCUUCUCCAUGGGCUGGGCAGCGUUCGUGUGCAUCAGCCCCAACGUGAAGGAGGAGGGUGCCAUGAAGGAGGACACGGGUACCCAGGACACACCCUACACUGAGGACACCCUGGUGGAGCAGCUGGAGCUGUGUGUGGACUACCUGUGGAAGUCUGAGAGACACGAGCUCAUCGCUGACAUCAACAAACCUGUCAUCGCCGUCUUUGAGAAGAGGCGGGACUUCAAGAGGCUGUCGGAGCUGUACUACGACAUCCAUCGUUCCUACCUGAAGGUGACGGAGGUGGUGAACUCUGAGAAACGCCUGUUUGGCAGAUACUACCGCGUGGCCUUCUACGGACAGGGCUUCUUUGAGGAGGAGGAGAGUAAGGAGUUCAUCUACAAGGAGCCCAAACUGACCGGCCUAUCAGAGAUCUCCCAGAGGCUGCUUAAGCUCUACUCAGACAAGUUUGGAGCCGACAACGUCAAGAUGAUCCAGGACUCCAACAAGGUGAACCCCAAGGACCUGGACCCCAAGUUCGCCUACAUCCAGGUGACCUACGUGGUCCCCUUCUUUGACGACACGGAGCAGCAGGAGAAGAGGACAGACUUUGAGCGCCAUCACAACAUCAACCGCUUCGUGUUUGAGACGCCGUUCACCCUCUCUGGGAAGAAGCAUGGAGAUGUGGAGGAGCAGUGCAAGAGACGCACCAUCCUGACCACGAGCGCCAGCUUCCCGUACCUGAAGAAGCGUGUGCAGGUGGUGGAGCAGCACAGCUCAGAGCUCAACCCUCUGGAGGUGGCUGUGGACGAGAUGUCCCGCAAGGUGUCCGAACUCAACCAGCUGUGCAACAUGGCUGAGGUGGACAUGAUCCGGCUCCAGCUCAAACUGCAGGGCAGCGUCAGCGUCAAGGUUAAUGCAGGGCCUAUGGCGUACGCCCGAGCCUUCUUGGAGGAGAAGAAUGCCAAAAAGUACCCAGACAACCAGGUCAAACAGCUCAAGGAGAUCUUUAGGCAGUUUGCAGAGGCGUGCGGCCAGGCGCUGGACGUCAACGAGAGACUGAUUAAGGAAGACCAGCUGGAAUACCAGGAGGAGAUGAGGUCUCACUACCGAGACAUGCUGUCUGAGCUCUCCACUGUCAUGAACGAGCAGAUCCCUUACACAAGACAACCCGGAACGGAACGACACAGCGGCUUUUAAACGGCCAUUAGGAUCGCUGGAUACUGGCCAGUGCCCCGGAGAAUCUGAAACUUAUAAAUGUAUUGGUACAGAGCAGUUACUGAUGGGAAAUGUAGUCCUAAGGUGAAGGAGGAAACGUCCAGCAGUGUGUAGAUGUGAUGGUGGUAGUCAUAGAUACCAGGCUGUUGGAAUGGUACUUUGUUUUGGUUUAUGUAUGCUCUUUCCUCUAAGACCACCUCAGCUCUUAGUCUGUAUACACACACACACGCACACAUUCACUUUACACACACAUAUAUGCACACAUUCACUUUACACACACAUAUACACCGACACAUGGACUUUACACACAUGCGAUACAUCAACAAACACAUACUCACUUUACAUAUAAAACACACACGCGCCUUCUCUCCAGAACCCUGACCCUUUAGAAAACAGUGACCUUAUUGAGCUUGAGGUGCGUUCAACUGAACCAACAUUUAACCACAGUAUUUGUUCAAUAUUACCUACAGUGUUUACAUUUUUGCUGUUAAACCAUUUUAUUUUCUGCCAACUUUGACUGUUACAUACGGUUUUAUCUGAUGACAGAUGGAAAUGUGAACUUGGAUAUUAGAGUCAGUCACAUGACUUAAUCAACCCCCACCUGAUUGGUUGAACCCACCUCUAGUUCCUGUCUGAAUGUAGAGCAGUACAGUGCUAACACACCCGAGCUCUCUGCAGCUCAACCCUUUUCAAAACGCAAAGUUUUAUGUUUUAUAACAUUUCUAUGACCGAUAAAGUUACUGUUGUUGUUAUUAUUUCCAGUACUGUUUUGAAUUGUAAAUAAGAAUUAUUAAUAUUUAAAAUGUUUCUUUUUUAUAAAAAAACAAAACAAAAACAAUAUAUGAAUAUUUGUUUAGCUAAAUUAAAAAAGGAAUAAACUAAAGUUUUAUGUAUAACCUUUAAAUAAAAUUUGUUAAUG